CAUCCCAGCCGGGACUCAAGGGCUGCCUCUGUGCCUAAUCGCGUGGGGUCUUCGGCAGCCCAUGCCCAUUUUGACGUGGAAGAUGGCGGGGUUGUGUUGGUUUCUCCUUUACAGGGCUCAUAGCCAAGGGUCUCAGUCUGGCUUUUGCAUCUUACUCCAAACCUCCAGACCCAGAAGAGGGCAGCCAUGUUUAGACACUGCAGUUGCCAACUGGAAGGCCUAGAAUCUGACUCAGGCCUAAGCCUUCUUUGGGCAGGAGGGAGUGUCUGGGGACGGAUGCUGAGCUUGGUCUUGCUGGGUGGAGGCUUCUAUGGCGGGCGAUCACGCCUUCUCUUGACCCUGGUGGCCUGGCUGCUGUGCAAACCCUUUAUGUCCCCACUCCAUCUCAAGGGACUGACACUUCCUUACACGGAGGCCAGAGUAAUUUCAAAACCUUUCUCCGACUUAAACGUCAGGCCGGGACAGAGAGCUGCAUUUGUCCUCCGCCCCUUCUUGGUCCCUGAAGGCACGGGGCAGGGGAAUGAGUCUCUGGUCUGCUUUUCAGACCACCCUUGGCCAGCUUCAGGCAGGCCUGGCCGUGUGGGGUCUUCGGGGUAACCUGCCUAUCCUUGCGUCCACCUUUCUAUGGUCAGAAUUGCCGGCUGCUGGCCAACAUCGCCCUCCGUUCUAGAAUCAAAGCUUCUCGGGAGCUUCAGUAAACACAUGGGCGUUGUGAGGAGGCUUGGGACAGGGAGCGCUCCAGAGGAUGGGGUGCUGCAGGGACUCAUGAGUUUUCUCUCUGUGCCCUCCCACCCUCAGCCCAGUCAGCCCAGUGAGUCAGGUUUCUGCGCUGUCCCAUCGGCUACUUUCAUUUCCCUUAGGUCAGGGUGGAGGCUGGCGCGGAAAGAGGAACUGAGCCACUGUCUUCUUAACUUGGGGGCAGGGCUGGAGCCUGUGACCGAAGCUGGCAUCACUGUUCAUGGGUCACUGACAUCAGACUGUGGAGGGACACUGGGCUAGCCUGGAUGUGGCACGCAAUACCCACAACUCAAAAGAUAGAUGCUGUAUGGGAUUGCAGGGAAACUGAGGCUCCUUGCGGAAGAUCCCAGAUGGGCCUGGCGAUUUUGUUCCCUUCGCCUGCUGAAUGAGACACUGCUUUCUAAGGCACUGUGGCACUGUCACCUCCCCCUUUUCUGUCUCUGACUUCCCCAGGCCAAGAGUUCAAGAUCAAGAGCAUGGGCAAGGGAGGGACAGAACUUCCCAGGAGUGAAGAUGCUGAGGUGUGGCUCUCCUGGUCCCUGGGGGGCUGUUGGCCACCAGCCAUCGAAGGCAGGAGGAGAAGAAAGCCAGGCAUAGGGCUCAGAAGGCUGCGGCUGCGAGCAGGACAGAAAUGACCUCCGGGAACCACUCCGAGAACAAAGGCUUUAGAGGCCCUGGGGAGUGGUGGUGGGGUCCCAGGAUAGCUGUACAUGAUUGGUUGGAACUAGACACUUCAAGGAUGCUUGAUUUGCAUUAGGCAGCACGGUCCUAUCAUAUGAACGGGAACCUAAUUAUCCUAUAGGUGCAGAGAGGGGAGAGCUAGCAGAGAGCUGUGCCAAAGACCAUCUAUCAGAUGUGGUUAGGGGCAUCCAUGCUUAAAGACACUCUCCAGAUGAGGUCAGGAGAGAGCAGGAGGCCUGCUGAGGAGAGGGGACUCCCUCAGACAGCAGGGUCCUUCCAGUAUCCCACCUGUGUCAUCCUAAGCUUUGAGAAAUCUGUCAUCUAUAGCCAUGUCUAGGGUCUGGUAACUUACCAUGGCCUGAUUGGUGGUGACUCUAGCAGUGGUGGUAAUCUGUCACCGGAGAAACUGUAUGACACAAGAGGCAAGCAUCCAGUAAAACGAACGUGACCAGAGGGCUAGGAGCUAGGAAAACAAGGGAUUUUGAAUCAUCUCGGUAGCAAGUAUGUACAGAGCUUUUUGAGGGCAUUAACAUUGGUCCUAACAUUUGAUACAUUUACAUAAAACUAACAUUCUUUCCCCAGUACCAAGCAAGUCCCUGUGGUUAGCAGUAAUUAAGGCCUGUGUUCUUUUGUUUUGGAGCAUAACCCCAGUAAGAGAGUUGAUUAGUCGCUGGAGGGAUUCGGGGCUCAUUCCUAGAUGGCAUCGCCUGGUUGUUUGUUCCGGAGGUCUCUGGUCUGGUGUGUAUGGAGGAUGGCAGCUGUCCUGGCUGUGGUCCUGGCAGGGGGGAAUGAAUACCUCUGUCUGGCUUGUGGGAGUUUCCUCUUCCUCCUAAAGACAGACCUGUGAAAUGGUCACAGGCGGGUGCACCCUGGCAGGUGGUGUCUCUGCGAGAGGUUAUUUUCUCUCUACACCAGAGGAAGAAAAGGAGGUAAUUAGUACAGGUUAAGCUGGUAACGGUCUGGUUGACAGCACAUCCGUUGGCUUAGGCCUAGAAGAGAGUUAGGGGGUAGGAUAGACAUUUGACUGAGGGGCGGAAUGGCUGGCAGGUGGAGACCGGUGAAGGAUUCUGUGGCCCCGGGGUACAGAGGGUGGUGCUAAGCAGCACCACUGUCAGCAAAGGUCUAGAUGCACAGAGGAAGCCGAGGCCUCAGGUGGUGGCAAAGAAAGAAAGGCAGCAUUUUCCCAGAGGAUUUGUGGGCAGUGUGGGGAACAGGGGCAGGUGCUAGGGGUGUCUCUUUCCUGGUCCAGCAUCCUUUGUCAUUUGUCCCACCUGCUUGGAGUGUCUGAGGAAUGACACACGCGUUAGUUAUGUGACCUGUGUAAGAGGAUUCUCUGUAUGUCUUGGUAACCUUAGAAAUUGACUGCACAAGGCAGGGAAGCUUAGAGAUUCGGUCCUUGAUGCUAACUUUGCUUUCAUGAAGGAAUACAUCAGUUUGGAGAUUGUUAACUAGCAGGAUGUUCUUGGUGGCUUUUUGUUUUUCCUGUAAGGCAGCACCAUGAUGAGUUAGCAUAGGCUUAGCUCCUGGCACGAGCUGUGGAGAGAUACAGAGGCCUUGGUGAUAAGAACAGCCUUAGAAUGGCAGAGAAGGCUGGUCACGUGGCUUAGAAGAGUCUGAACUGUACGGUAUUAAGGCGUCUCUCCUUUUCCCACUGUGAUACAGUUAAAUUUUAUUAGUUAUUUUUACCCCUGUUCUUUCACAGAAAGUGUAGCUUGUGAAGGAGUUAACUCAUUUUUGUUUGUUUUAAGGUUGUUGAUCAUCAAUUAUAGUAGCUUUUAUAAGAUUAGGGUUUUGGGUUUUACCCCUGUUAGGUUCGAGGGCAGCUGAGUCAGUUUUUAGGCAAUGUCUAGAGACUGCUCUCCAUAUUUAAAGCGUUUGGAAUUGGGCUGUGUUGCAGCUGCAAAGGUCUGGGCCAGAGAGGAGGCCUGGUAAGAGGCAGUCCCAAUAUCAUGGGUAGCUACAACCCACUUGUCAUAAUGUUCAUGUUUUAGUCCCCAGCAUGCCUGCCUGUGUUCCGGGGUCAUCCUAUUCCAGAUAGGAUUGUUUCAGAGCAUUGCUUCAGAGCAGGGUCUGUUAUCUUUCUGUCUAGACUGGCUUGUAUCCUUAGUAUAAAAUCCUGGAGGGUCUUCAUUGGGUUUUUGUUUUAGGAGGGCCAGUGGAGAGGCCUGUCCAGGUCCUGUGGAUGAGGGAGUUAGAGCGUCCCAGUCCUGGAGAGCAAAAAGCGGAUCUGUUCCAGUGACUCUCAGAUAAAAGAGCUGCCAGUCCCUGUGACUACGAAGCUGUCCUAGGCUGUGGGGGGUGAAGUAGGCGGCUGUGCCAGAGGCAGCUGCAGCAGCAGGGUGGCGAAGGGCUUAUCCGAGGGCUUUUGGGAGCCUUGGCCUUGCUUCUCCGUUUUUUGCCCUCUGUGGCCAGUGGGGAGCCAGCGUCUUUGUUCUCUAUAGCCAGUAAAGGCUUGUAAGUGGGGGAGACGGGCCUGAGAGAGGAGGGGUGAUGUGGGCUGCGGAGUAACUUUGUCUAAUUAAGUCAGUUGUUUCUUCUAAAGCAGCUAAAUCAGCUACUGGACAGUUCUCAGGGUCUUCCUCCUCAUUUGAGUCCCGUCCUUCCUCUUCCUUGCUUUUCCUCCGAUGGGUCAUUUUGAGGCUCAGGGUUUUUUUCUCAUGCACUGCCUAAUAGCAGCCUCACUGGAGGAAAGAAGAGAGGCGAAGGCUGGCCUUCCUGGGCUUCUCUUUUACCAGGCAGAUAAGCGACACAGGUCCAAACAUUUGGGUCCGAGAUAUCUGCUGACAAGACUCACUCAGAUAAUGAGGUGUGAAUUGGAGCACCUCAUUCUAGAAUUCUAAGCCUUCCUCUUGGGAGAUUUUAAGCCCUCUAGAUUUAAAUCAAGCUCUGAGGGAACGAAUUUGGAGAACUCUCUGAUAUGAUACUGAGCUUCCCAUAAUUAGGAAAGAAAGAGAGCGCCGUUAGAAACUUGAAGUUUCCAAGGCAAGUUUAACUUUCCUGGGGCAAUCCACUCGGGGGAGUGAGAAGCCCCAGUGAGCACAAGCCUGUAAAGUGAAGAAAGCACCUGUCCUCAGGACUGGAAGGUCAAGCAAAGGGUUUCCCUGCCGCGGGGGUGGGGGUGGGGUGCACAAUAUGGCCAGUCCUCAGGAUGGGAAGGUCAGGUUUUAGGGGGUGUUCACCGUCCUGGUGCAGUCAGGAGCCCCAUGUUGGGCGCCAGCUGUGGCUCUCCUGUCCCUGGAGGAGAAGGUGAGGUACAAAGCUCUGAAGGCCACAAACACAACAGAACAGCCUUUGGGAACCACUUCAGGGAGUUCGACUUUAUUGGGGGAGAACAAAGGCUUUAGGGUCCCUGGGGAGUGGUGGUGGGCUCCCAGGAUAGCUGUACAUGAUUGGUUGGAACUAGACACUUCAAGGAUGCUUGAUUUGCAUUAGGCAGCAUGGUCCUAUCAUGAACAGGAACCUAAUUAUCCUAUAGGUGCAGAGAGGGGAGAGCUAGCAGAGAGCUGUGCCAAAGACCAUCUAUCAGAUGUGGAUAGGGGCAUCUAUGCUUAAAGACACUCUCCAGAUGAGGUCAGGGGAGAGCAGGAGGCCCUGCUGGGGAGAGGGGCCUGCAACCUCAAACCGCAGGGCCUCCAACAGGGAAGAGGCAGCUCUAGGCUGCUCUUAGUUUCAUGUUCUGUCAAGAGGAGAGUGAGCAGGUAGAGAGGAGGGUGCCAGAGCUUCAUGGGUCCUGUGGACCUAUGUAGAGAAAUGUUAAUUAAGAACAUGACUGUUCUGGCAGGAGAUCACAUCCAAAGACCUUCUAGGUCUGUGUGAUCCGGCUGGAAUACAAACACACAUUUUAUCCAGGAGACAGAGGCAAGCAGAUCUGAGUUCAAGGUCAGCCUGGUAUAGAGCAAGUUUCAGGUAAAGAAACGCUUAGAUCCAGGUGUGGUGGUACAUGCCUUUAAUCCCAAACACUGAAGGUAAAGAUAGUUUGUAGAAGGAAGCACCCAUGUUUGAAAGUGAUGUCUGAUUGAGUGGCAGAAAUGGUGACUAAUCAGAGAAAGAUUUGACAGGGUAGGAUACGCCCAGCUCUCGGGAGGAGAGAGAGGAAAGGGAAGCUACUUAAGGGGCAAUGCAGAGAGAGAGAGAGAGAGAGAGGACAGUUUUACCAGGACAAUAAUAGAGAGAUGAGUUGCAGAGAGAGAAUUCAGGUGAAGACUGAAGGAGCCAGAGAAUGAGAAGGAUCCAGGAGAUUAGAGCAGAUUGCAGGUGUUAGUCUGAGGCCAAGCAGAGCAAUUCAGGGGCUGAGAGAAAAGCCAGAUUGAAAAAGUCAUCUGGGAGAGGAGAUUGAGCCAGAACAGCUGAGCUGAACCAGCCGGCCCAGAGCUCUUUCAGCAGUGAGUCUCAGAGGCUGAAGACAUUGUAGGGCUGGGUUAGAUGGUACAGAGGCCAGAAGCUUCCGGGACUAGGCCUAGGCUAGCAGAAGGAGGAAGUAAGUCUCCAGACAAUAAUUGAAACAGGAGAGUAAAAGUUAUUUUUACAGAACUAACUGGAGUGAGUGUGGCUCACUCAGAGAGUGGCUGAGGGGCUUACCUCCUCCACUGGGAAGCUGUUGGCCUGCAUUUCCUGCCACUGUGGGUGUGGCACACACAGGUCAGCAGCAGCACAGGCUUCCUAAGCUCUGAAUGGAUUUGAGAGGAGGAGCAGGAACCAAAAUCGAGGACAUUGAUGGCUUCAGGGUGGUCCAUCUGAGCUGCGUACCUGGUGUCAUUUGAGUGGAUUGCUGGGAUUUCUAUCAAGAGGUCAAGGGGAAGAAAGCUUCACCAGCGGGAGAGCUGAGGAGAAACAGAGCGACACAUGGUCUCAGCCACAAAGUGGCAGAAGAGCCUGGGUGUUGGGUGUGCGCUCACCCCAACCCCACUCACGUGCUGCUCCUGUCUAAGAGCCCUUUGCCAUGAACCAGCCGGCCCCAGCGAUGCCCGCCCCACCCCGGCGCGUGAGGCUGAAGCCCUGGUUGGUGGCCCAGGUGAACAGCUGCCAGUACCCGGGGCUCCAGUGGGUCAACGGGGAAAGGAGGCUCUUCUACAUACCCUGGCGCCACGCCACACGGCACGGCCCUGGCCAGGACGGAGACAACACCAUCUUCAAGGCCUGGGCUAAAGAGACGGGCAAGUACACGGAGGGGGUGGACGAGGCCGACCCAGCCAAGUGGAAGGCCAACCUGCGCUGCGCCCUUAACAAAAGCCGCGACUUCCGCCUGUUCUACGACGGCCCCCGAGACAUGCCGCCGCAGCCCUACAAGAUCUACGAGGUCUGCUCCAGUGGGCCUGCCCCCUCAGAGUCCCAGCCCACUGAUGAAUGCAUUCUGGGAGAAGAGGAAGAGGAGGAAGAGGAAGAGCUCCAGAGAAUGUUACCAGGCCUGAGCAUCACAGAACCUGUGCUGCCCGGACCUCCCCUAGCACCCUAUUCCUUGCCCGAGGAAGACAUCAAGUGGCCACCUGCUCUCCAGCCGUCGGUAGGGCUGGGCCCCCCUGCCCCAGAUCCCAAUCUCGUGGUCCCUCCCUGUGGAAAUCCUGCUGGCUUCAGGCAGCUUCUUCCUGCCGACCUGGAGCCUGGACCUCUGGCCCCCAGCCUGGCCCCCACAGAACAACUCCUGCCUGACCUGCUGACCAGUCCGCACAUGCUGCCUUUGACUGACUUAGAGAUCAAGUUCCAGUACCGGGGGCGCCCGCCCCGUGCUCUCACCAUCAGCAACCCUCAAGGCUGUAGGCUCUUCUACAGCCAGCUGGAGGCUACCCAGGAGCAGGUGGAGCUCUUCGGGCCCGUGAGCCUGGAGCAGGUGCGCUUCCCUAGUCCAGAGGAGAUCCCCAGCGAGAAGCAGCGCUUCUAUACAAACCAGCUGCUGGACGUCCUGGACCGUGGGCUCAUCCUCCAGCUGCAGGGCCAGGACCUGUACGCCAUCCGUCUGUGCCAGUGUAAGGUGUUCUGGAGUGGGCCCUGCGCCGUAACCAAUGGCUCAUGCCCCAACCCCAUCCAGAGGGAAGUCAAGACCAAGCUCUUUAGCCUAGAGCAGUUUCUCAAUGAACUCAUCCUGUUCCAGAAGGGCCAGACCAACAGCCCGCCUCCUUUUGAGAUCUUCUUUUGCUUUGGAGAGGAGUGGCCUGACCUCAAGCCCCGAGAGAAGAAGCUUAUCACCGUGCAGGUGGUACCUGUCGCAGCCCGGUUGCUGCUGGAGAUGUUCGCAGGGGAGCUUUCUUGGUCUGCAGACAGCAUCCGCCUGCAGAUCUCGAACCCGGAUCUCAAGGACCACAUGGUGCAGCAGUUCAAGGAGCUGCAUCACAUCUGGCAGUCCCAGCAGCGGCUGCAGCCCAUGGCCCAGGUCCCUCCUGUGGCAGGCCUUGAUGCUGGCCAGGGGCCCUGGCCCAUGCACCCAGCUGGCAUGCAGUAACAAGGUUACAGAUGGUGGCUGACUUGGCCUGCAGCAGCUCUGUUCACCGUUAUGGCUCUGUAGUGGCCCCGGCUGACCCCACUGGCUGCGGGGCUCAGAGUCUUCUGGAAGCAGUCAGGACAUAGGAGAGAGGCCUGAGGUCACGUUCUCCCCAACAUUCCUCACUUUGAGCAGUCUUCUGGUGAUUAAUCUGCCUGGUUCUCAAGAAAUGCAUCCAGAGGCCCAGUGGGAGGCAGGGACCACCACCACCUGGAACCUUCCAUCCAGUUUCCCCUUCCCCCCAGGGCCAACUUUUAUGGUUGCCCCAAUUCCUUUAGCAAAAAGCACCAGUGUUGUGGGCCUUUUGCAGAGACUGGGCCUGAGGUGGGGAGUCCCUGGUUUGAGUCUUUCUCAUUAUCGUCUAACAAGGCCGUCACCAGACACGUGGGGCUGGCAGCUGCCCCUUCAGAGGCUAAGAAGCUGGGGUAGAAAGCAGACUUUAAUAUAUUUUUGGAUUAAUAAAUGCUAAAGUUGACUGUU